GGGCCAUCGCCGCAGCCGACGCCGCCGCCCUCGUGGACGCGGUGGUCCGGGCUGCCAUCGGGUGCGGGUGCUGGUGGGCCCUAUGGCUGGGCGCUGAGCACACCUCGGGUUCUGGUGCCGCGGUCGUCCGCUUCGACCGCGCCGGGAGUGGCGUCGAGACCAAGGGCAAGCCCCAGCAGUCGGCGGUGGGCUUCGACGACUUAGUUGAGUGCGGCGAGGGCCAGCGUCGCGUCGCCAAGUCGCAGUCGUUCACGAAACAGCUGGCGGGCUUGCGCAAGCAGAUGCAAGAGCUGGUCGGCAACAGCGGUGGCGACGGGCAGCUGCAGGAUGCCAGGCGGAAGCAGACGACGUUCCAGUCCAAGGGGGAGGCGGCUGAGCAGGCCGUGGAGAAGGCGCGGAAGGCGUUGGAGCAGGCUGAGCAAGACGAGACGGAGGCCGCCAAACAUGUCCUCGAGCUGGAGUCCAGGAUGCGCGUCGUCGUGGCGCAAGGGGCCCCAAUGCAGAACGGCAGCCCCCCGUCCAUCUCCGAUUUCAUUCCAGGGUUCGAGACGACCACGGGACAGUUUGGUAGCGUCGUGCGUUGCCUGGGCGGCGGUGGACGCUUUACCGCUGAUCUCGCCGCUCUUGCUGCGAUGGUGGACCAGCUCAAGGAACGCGCAGUCCCGUCGCAGCAGCCGCCCACCCCCGAGACGGCAGGCCACGGCGACGGAGGCACGCAGCCAGGCGGAGCCCAGCCUGGCACGCUUGCGGCGGCCGCGGCUGACGACGGCAUGCAUGUUGACGAGGAGGCGACCACGCACCUGGACAGCCUGGACGCAGCCACCUGCCGUGGGCACCUCCGCAGCGCGGGCAUCGACGUGCCCGUGCCUGAUGAUGAUGCGCCCGACGAUCCUGCACCGUUGCGAGAGCAGCUUAAGCGGCAGCUGGCAGGAACUGGCACUGCCAUCGAUUUCUUCGCGGCCAGCCGCAUGCUCGCUGCGCGCCUCGGCCCAGCUGCUUGCGUGGCCGAGUCAGGGCUAGCAUGGAUGGUCGUGGCGUUGGCGCAGCAGCUGCGAAGGCUUCGAGCGCUCGGCAGUUGGUCCGAGGCGGCGCCUUUCCAGGGGUCGCUUGCAGGUUGCAGCCACGCGACGGGCGUGCUUUUCGCUUUCGCGCAUCGGGCGCCCAGGCGUUUGAACGAUAUUACGCCGCCCGUCACGCCCCGCGCGUUGGUGGGCGACGCGUCUUCGCGGCUGGUCGCCCAUGACAGAACUCAUGGGCGCCAGGUGCAGCCCCAUUGUCGCGUCCGCGGUGCACUUGGAAUCGCCGACGGGCGCAUGUGGCACAUAUGCGAUGGGUUGGUGGACCGCGAGGGCACUGACCCGCAAGGAGAGGCCGUGCCCGAGGCCUUUGUGGCGACCGUGAGGCCAUUGCUCUGCAAUAGGAACACCAAGUUUUGUGAUCCGCCUGACAGCCAGCGAUCGGCGGUUGACGAGUGGUUCCCCAAUUCCGGGGUUGAGUUCAGGCUUGCGCAGAGCGAGGCGGUCCGAGUUGCGCGCGACGCGGCCGACCGUCUGGCCCCUCCCGACCCCAUCGACCCCUCUCGCCAGCUCGGACGCGACCCGUUCUC